CUAGUAACGUCAUCUGUAUCUCUAUACUCUGUUAAACCGUCUUAUCAGUCACCGUAUACCUGUGGAGUGUGGUAUAACCUAUUGAGUAUUGUAGUUUGUAAACAAAAAAAAUAAUAAAAAUUUGAUAAAAAAUUAAAUAUUUCAAACCUCAUGGAUACAUCUUAAACCUUCAAUAAAAAACAGAAUAAUAAUGAAUAAGACACCCACAAAACACAUUGAUAACUCUUAUGUUUUUACAGCAAAAGAAGUAACUACACCUAACAAAGACAGUCCUGGUGUAUGUAGAACUGUAUACACACAUGUUGCCAAUUUACACAAUUUACUUAGCGAUUGGGAAAAAUUAAAGGAAAAAGGCACUAAAGUAACCAAGUCUGUAUCAGCUCUGAAGCUCCAUGAAUGUACUGAUGAUUAUUAUCCACAUCAGCUGCAUCCUCUCAUGGAGAUGCUUCUAGAAGCAUUAAAUGGACUCUGUAAUAUUGUUGAAGGUGUGCAGAUAAUUAACAAGCAAUUAAAAGCACUUGCUGCGCUAGACAAAUCAAAUGAUGGAGUAAUAUUUACAUGGACAAUUCAAAAGAUUUCAACAACUGUAGAUGAAAUAUAUGCCUCCUUAUGUAAAGAAAUUCAUUUAAAGGAAACAGUGACAGAAAACCUUGCACACUGUAGAAAUGAAAGCCUUAUAGAAGUGUAUGUGUCUGCAUGGGAACUUGAAGCAUAUUACAACAAUGAAAUGAGCUCUUACUUAUUUGCAGAUUUAGGAUUGUUGGGUAUUCCAUAACAAUGAAGUAAGUGCUUGAAAUAUUUUUUAUAGAUGUUCAUUAAAAUAAUUCUGAAAACAAAUAA